UGAUGGGAACAUUUGCCUUGGUAUUUUUUUUUUUGCGUCUCAGAGCUGAACGUGCGGCUCCGGCGGCGGCCCUGACCAGGCACCAAUGAGUCGAGCUUUGUGAGAGGGCAGCAGUCAGCCCGGUGUGCUGGAUGUCUGUGACAGAUCCAUGGGUCAGAAGGACCAUGUGGAGGCAGGAGCUGGCCACAUCCUCGACCUGGGGCUGGAUUUGGAGUAUCUCCACGUAGCAGGGGCUGACCGGCAGGCUGGCGGCGCUGACGGGCCCCCUGCUAUGGAGGAGCAGGGGGAAAGCUCCUGUAACCGCAGCACCGCCGAUUCCCCUCCGCCGGCUGCGGUGGAGGAAAAUGCCGGACCCGACGCCGAGAGCAAGCUGGCGCCGUCUCCCGGCUCUGCCCUCGCUGCCGGGCCGGAAGGAGGAGAGGGAGGAUCAACUCACAGUAAGAACACCCACCAGCCGCUUUGUCGGACCCAGUGUGUGGACUUAGGCACCGAGGGGCCUCCUGAGCUCCCAUCUGAACUCUUAUCAGAGCUUGAAUACGACACUCCUGCUCAGUCCCCACCCAGCUCCCCCUGUAAAAACCCACCCGAGCUGCCGUCCCAUCCCUCCGAAUCAGAGCCAGCGUCCGAGGCUGGCGGGAAGGAGUACCAGGCCAAGCUGGAGUUUGCCCUGAAGCUGGGCUACUCUGAGGAGAUAGUGCGACUGGUGCUGUCCAAGCUGGGCCCUGACACCCUCAUCAAUGACAUACUGGGAGAGCUGGUCAAACUGGGCACCAAGUCAGACAGCGAGCAGCCGGCUGGAUCAUUAGCCUCUACCUCCUCCUCUUCAUCCUCCUCUUCAUCUUGUGGUUGCUCUGAUUUGCUGGACGGCCAGAGGUCGGACUCGCCCUGUCCGUCAGACUCUCUGUGUGACCAGGACAACCUGCGUCCGAUUGUGGUGGACGGCAGUAAUGUAGCCAUGAGUCAUGGCAACAAGGAAGUGUUUUCGUGCCAGGGCAUCCAGCUGGCUGUUGAUUGGUUCCUAGAGCGAGGCCAUCAUGACAUCACAGUGUUUGUGCCUGCCUGGAGGAAAGAGCAGUCCCGCCCUGAUGCCCCGAUAACAGAUCAGGAGAUCUUGCGUCGCCUAGAGAAAGAAAAGAUCUUAGUCUUCACUCCCUCACGACGCGUCCAAGGUCGGCGCGUGGUCUGCUAUGACGACCGCUUCAUCGUCAAGCUGGCCUAUGAGUCAGACGGCAUCAUCGUCUCCAACGACAACUACAGAGACCUGGCUAAUGAGAAGCCUGAGUGGAAGAAGUUCAUUGACGAGCGGCUGCUCAUGUACUCCUUUGUCAACGACAAAUUCAUGCCCCCAGAUGACCCUCUUGGUCGUCACGGCCCCAGCUUAGACAACUUCCUGAGGAAAAGACCUGUCAUGCCUGAGCAGAAGAAACAGCCGUGUCCUUACGGAAAGAAGUGCACUUACGGUCACAAGUGUAAGUACUACCACCCAGAGAGAGGGGCUCAGCCUCAGCGUGCCGUGGCUGAUGAGCUGCGAGCCAGCGCCAAGACCUGUGUGACCACAAAGAACCAGGGAGACACUGGGCUGGUGAAGAGCCACAGUGUGCCAGCUGGAAGCAUCGAGGCAAAAAAAGGUGCCCCGAAAAGGCAGUCAGACCCCAGCAUCCGAGCUCUGUCGUACAGUGACGCUGAGGAGAAGCUGCUGGCAAAAGGGCGGGUGGAGAGCCAAAAGAGCAGUUUGUGUGGUGCUGGUAGCAGCAGCAGUAGCAGUUCUAGCAGCAACAGCAGUAAUUGCAGUGGGAGUAUCACCAUGUCCCCGGCCCCAGGAGGCCCUCCAUCCAGCCUUAGCCUUCCCCAGGACCAACAGUCCAGAGCAGCCACUCCUCACGGCCUCCUUCCAGCCCCCAGCCAUGACCUUUACCCUCACUGUGAGUCCCCCGACCUGAGCUACUACUCAGUAACACGUGCCUACUCUGGCCUGAGCCUGUCCUCCAGACGGAGCCCCGACUGUCGCUUCCCCAACGACACAGACCUGCGGUUGGGCUCGAUGGGCUCAGCAGGCUCCGAAUGCGGCAGCGAAAGCAGCGCGAGUUGUGGGAGCAGCUGUGACUCGUACAGCGAGAGGCCUUGUCCCGGAUGCCCCCCAGACACCUUACUGGAAGACAGCAUGCAUUUCAAUAAUCCCCACAGUCGGCUGUAUCCCCACCAUUCUUCAUCAAACCACGAACUCUGUGGCCUUCAUCCUGCCGAUUACACAAAUAUCCAGCACAGCCACACGUCUAACACCAGCGUUCACAGUUACCACAUGAGUGUGACACGUGGGCAGAGCUGUGCUCAUGAUCAGCCUCCACCAGAGGCUCCCUCCAAGCGCCCCCUCUACCCCUUACCCCCUCAUCUGCAGCACCAGCCGCUGACCGCACGCUCCAGCUGCCCGGGCGACUACCACUCUCUGCCCCAGUCCAACCCCCACGCCCCCGGUUCUCCUCUUGGCCGCUGCCUGGCCCCCACGCGAGCAGAGAGCGUGUCAGACUCACAUCUGUAUGAGCACCUCUCUACGUCGCACCAUCACCACCGACCAAAAGCUCUGCCCAGCUGGGACACAUACUACAGACAGCCGCCGCUGCCACCAUCCAGGUAUGAACCGUCUGCCUAUCAGAGUCUGCCAGACACACGCCAGUCCUCCUGGCACACCCUUCCCUGGUCACAGGAUGGCUACACCCAGCACCACUCCUCUCACCCAGCUCUCCACCCGUCCCCGACACAUUACCUAAACCACCCACCACCUCCCACCCACUCUCCUCACCCACCUCAUCCAUCCAGCACUCCUCUGCCGGCUUACCCGCCUCACAGCACUCACCUCGCAGUGCCCUCCCACGCACCUUCCUCCUACAUGCCGCAGCACUCUGAAUCCCCUGCACAUGGCCACUAUGGCGACGUGAGGGAGAAAGUGUACGUCAACCUGUGCAACAUCUUUCCCUCUGAGCUGGUGAGUCGGGUGAUGGCCAGGAGCCCCCACAACACAGACCCCCAGCAGCUGGCAGCCGCCAUCCUGGCAGAGAAGGCACAAACAGGCUACUGAGGAAUCCAAAUGUGGUUAGAAAACAAUAGAGGUUCUGCAUUCUGAGUAGAAAUUUGAAGACACAAACUAAGCGGUUGGUAUCUGCAGACAAACAGGAAUCUGCCAUUGCAACACUUGACAGUUGGGUCUGCAUGGCGGAGUACUGGAAUUCUUUUGGAUUGUCUGCAAGGAGAGCAUUUCCUUUCUUAUGACAUUAAAUGAGACAAUGCAGAAUUUUCAAGGAUAUAAAAUGCUGAAGAUAAUCCAAAUCCAGCUCUAGUCACUGUGCAGCGACAACUACAUCAACUCAACGCGUGGGGAGAGGGAGUCGAAAUCUGUGACUUUGACACAAAGUGUGACUUGAAAAGAUUGUUCUACACCUGCUCUUUGUUUUUUAAAUUCAUUUCGUAGCUUAAUAUGUGUGUCUUUCACAUGCAAGACUCAUUAUGCAUCAAAAUGUUAAGGCACUUUUUUUAUUUUACAGCCCAAUCACGACCUAAUGAAUUGGUUUUACACACAUCAAAUGUGACCGAUAUGAAGGAUUAGUUGAUCAUUUCCACCACCUUUAUGACCAGAUUCUGAGUUUUAGAGAAUACGCAUACACACCGUGUGCACUGUACUUACUCUCAGACCUGAGUCAAGCAGUGUUUGAAAAUGUUUUCUUGCACGUGUGUAGCGCCAGAUUGAUAGGAGUGUCAGUCGCAGAUAAGUAUUCAAACUUAAUUUCACAUAUUUUCCCGUGAGGUGGCAAAUCCUCAUCUGGUACACAUGACUGUUUCAAACGACUAUUUGACCAAGGUCUGUGUAUAAUAUUAAUCUCUUUGUGUGUGUGUGUGUGUGUUUGUGUGUGUGUGUGUGUGUGUGUGUGUGUGUGUGUGUGUUGUGCGGCCGUUGUGUGGGGUUCUUCUCCAUGUUGGUUAAAAAAUAGGUGUCUGAAAGAUGGUCGUCUCAUUUGAGAUGACGUCAGUAUUUUGGUCAGAGUUGUAGCUGUAGAGAUGGGUGACCCUGUCGUGUGUACCUUAGUUUUAGUAAGGGACAUCUCUCUCUCUAUCUUUCUCUAACUCUUUCUCUAACUCUUUCUUUCUCUCUCUCUC